CCAAUUUUGGGAAAGCCCAGAAGUCAUUAACCUAGAAGAAAAGAAUCACGAAGAACAGUAUCAGCAAAAUCAGUUCGAUACUACGAAGCAGCAGAGAAAAGACGUUUUACGUUUUCCCGUCAAACGUCUUAUUAGACUGUCUAUAAUUGAAGGGGAGAUUUCUCAAUAUAGAGGAUUUGAGUCACGAACAGGCAUAGAAGCAGGCGAGCUUCAAUAUGAUAGAAUUGAUCUUAGGAAAUCUGAACUUGAGAGAGGAUGUUUCGAGGAAGUCAAUAUAGAUAACUUCUAA